AUGACUGAGUUUUGGAUAAUAUCUGUUCCUGGGGAAAGAAAUCCAGAGCAGGUGUAUCUGCGCCUUCAGACGACGUUGUCGAAGUACAAGGAUGUGUGUUCUCAGAUUAACAAAUUCAAUAUACCCCCUGAUUUCAAGGUAGGAACGUUAGAUAUUUUGGUCGGACUUUCUGAUGAACUGUCGAAGUUGGAUGUAUACGCUGAAAGUAUCACGAAAAAAGUCGCGCAGUAUAUGGGCGAUGUCCUUGAAGAACAAAAGCACAAGUUAGAAGACAACUUGAGUGUGAAUGGAUUAUCUCCAUCUUCAUUUCUAACUAAGUUUCAGUGGGACUAUGCGAAAUAUCCUGUCAAACAAACUCUGAGUUCAUUGUACUCCAUUAUUUCUGAGCAACUUACAAAGAUAGACUCAGACCUUAAGGUAAAAUCUCAGGCAUAUAACACUUUAAAAGGAUGUCUUCAAAGUUUAGAGAAGAAACAGACUGGGAGUCUUAUCACCCGUGACCUAGGAGAUCUUGUUAAAAGAGAACAGUUUGUCAUCGACUCGGAAUACCUUGCCACUCUAGUUGUGGUUGUUCCUAAGAAUCUGUAUAAUGACUGGAAAUCGAAUUAUGAAACCAUGACAGACAUGGUAGUUCCCAAAUCAUCAGAACUUAUAUUUGAAGAUCAAGACAAUGGUCUUUGGACUGUUACUCUUUUCAAGAAGAUGAUUGAUGAUUUCAAAUCUCAGGCUCGCGAGCAUAAAUUCGUGGUGCGUGAUUUCACGUAUGAUGAGAAAAAGAUUGAAGAAAGUAAACAUGAAUUGUCGAAACUCGAGUCAGACAAAAAGCGGCAGUUCGCACCGCUGUUUCGAUGGUUGAAAGUUAAUUUUGGUGAGGCUUUUUCCGCUAUGGUGCAUAUUAAAGCUCUUCGGGUAUUCGUGGAGUCUGUUUUACGAUACGGGUUACCUGUAGAUUUUCAAGCAAUACUGCUUGAGCCAAGCAAAAAACAACAAAAAAAGCUAAGAGAUAUAUUAAAGCAGCUCUACAGCCACUUGGAUGGAACGUCUUCAAGUUCAGUUAUGGACGAAGAAGUAAACGUGAGUGGUUUCGGUACAUCAUCGGACUACUUCCCUUAUGUUUCAUUCAAAGUGGAACUGAAUAUAUUAGAUUUACGCUAA